AUGGGCACGAUACACUCAGCUGCAUCAUGGAACGUAACAGUCCCCGGGGACAAGGAGGAAAAGAAGCAAGCUGGCCGUCUCGCGUCUCUGAGCUGGAUCGAGCAACCGACUACAGUCUGCGCAAGGGCCUACCCUAGUGAAAUGUGCGAGAGUGAGCUGGUGUUUACAGACCGAAAGGGGUUCACUCGACAAACGGAUCAUGUUGGAGACGGACUGCGGCGUUCGUGGAGACACUCAUCGAACCACAAUCGCUUGCCACGCCGAGUCAUGUCAGUAGCUCGACAACUUUCUGCGGGUUCCCACCCGCGUCGUACCCAGUCCUCUGCCCAGCUUGUUGCAUCGCAAUCUCGAGACCCGGUGGGAUUGUCGAGACCAGAAAGGAAGUCUGGUGGCAUCACAGACGCAAAAACACUCUCUUUGAUGCAAGUCACAGGGUCAGCAUCAGAGAAAACGAUCCUGAAGUUCCACUUGUUUGGCAAUGUCAGCGGCAGGGAAUUUCAGUCUAUCAGACGAAUCCUGCAGUGGAUUGCCGACGCUUACGCACCGAGAGUAGAAUUUUACUGUCAGGAGGAAUUCGAAGAAACAGCGGCAAACACCAUCAAGAAGCAAGCGACAGAGCUCGGCGGCGAAGUUCUGCAGCACUGUAACACGGAGUGGCUGUUGUACGCUCUCUUGAGCGAUGGACAGGAGGCUCUCUACUUUGGAACCAAGAACGACAUCCUGAAAUGGGCGUCUGCUGAAUUCCUCUACCAAGGGUCAGGAGAAGGUCAGAUGGCGAUCAGGUUGUCCCUUUAAACCCCACACUGCGCGAUUCGGUUGACCGCUUGCUAUCGACAUGUGAAGGCGACUUUAGCCAAGUAGAACGUGUGUGCUUGCUGGAAUACGUGGUAAUCGUUGUCACCGCAAGCAGUGGCUGGUUGAACCGAAGUACAGUAAUCUGCACCCCUGUCGUUGUCUGUCACACCGAGACAUUCCCGUUCGUAGGGUAGUGGACGGUCCGUGAAUAGCCUGGACCACAGGCUUGGCGCUGUAGCGUGCGGCUGUGUGUGCUGGUUUUCUGAGCUUUCCGGCGAGGAAAGAAGUGCCCCCGCUUAAGUCAUGCAGCCCAUCAAUUCGUAUUCUGCUUCCUGAAAGAGUAUGUUCUGCGAGCAACUCCAGGUGAUGCAGCGCAGGAGAUAGACAUCGACCGAGCAACUGCGGAAAAAAUCAG